AUGUCGUCAACACCUCGGCGCAAGAUCGGCAGCAGGGCGUGCGAUGGCUGCAAGAUCCGCAAGGUGAGGUGUUCAGAGACGCCUCCCUGCACAAGGUGCUCUUCCGUUGGCAUCGAGUGCACCUUCAACAAACUGCAGGGAAUCCGUGGCCCCCGCAGUUUGCGGGCCAAAACGCUGGCUCAGAUCCAGACCUUCCAAGAGAGUCAGCGUCCGAGCCAGAGCCAGAACUCGACCGGCGCCGGCUCUCUAGAGGGCUCAUCAGCUGGCCGAGGCAACCAUUCGGAGCGCGGGAGAACCCCGGUCUCCUCCCUGAUCGUCCGGCUCUGCCUCUACAACCACCGGCUCUUCCCAGUGUGGCCCAUCCUCAGUGUGGACAAUGUGAUCGCCAGGCUGCUGCGGGACCAGGCAGAUGUGGAAAACUUUGCGCUCGCAAACGCUAUAUGUGCCGCCAUUAUUGCACAGCUUAAGCUGCCUUUUGAAGGCAGGACGGAUGAUGAUGAUCCAGCCACGGCGGCGUCCAUGGCUGCCGAAUGUCAGAACGCCAAAGCAUCGCUGCAGGGCGGGGAUGGAGGGCCCAUCAUGAACCUCAACAUGCUUCGUAUAUCCUUCUUUCAGCACAUCUAUCACGAAAAUCUUAGCCCGGGAGGCAGCAAGUCUCUGCUCUUCCUCCGAGAAGCCUUAACGAUCGCACAGAUUAUGGGCCUCCAACGGCAGUCAACCUACGCCUCCCUGUCGGCAGAAGAGCAACAGAUGAGAAGCCGCAUCCUGUGGUUAUUAUUCGUCACUGAGAGGGGUGUUGCCAUGCUGCAUAGGCUCCCCACGAUCUUGACGUGGCAGCCCAGUUUUCCCCCAGUGGGCGGACUGGACUGCGAACAGGACAAGGCGCAGAUCCUGCCUGCGUUCAAGAGACUCGUUGAGCUUUUCUGGACACUCGACCAGGGCGGAGCAUUCGACUUGAUAUAUGCCGAUAGCAGGGGCGACACACAAGGAAGCAGCCGCCUCGACUACAUUCAACAUUGCCUGCAGGAGAUGGCGGCCGAGGAGCAAGAUAGCAACGAAGUCCAAAGUGCUGACAUACUGGUCACAAGAUCUUGGAUGCAAACAGUGCUCUGGCGUGUGUCCACAGACCCCCCUAGGACCUAUAAGCAGACCAACCAUGCGAUCCAGACCUGUCGGAUCAUCAGCGACUUUCUCAGCAAGAUCAACCGGUAUUCAAAGACAGCACUCGAGGCUCACGGGCCGACCAUCGAGUUGAAGAUAUACGAAAUGGCAAAUGCUCUGACAGACGCCUUGUCAACGGACCUGGAUCUUCUACGGAGUUCCAUCGGCAUAACGGCCAGGCCAGUCGACAUGCUCGUUCAGCUUCAGAAGCUCCUUGCGUCCUCGCGUGGAGGCAAUAAGACACUCUUGACAUUGCUGUGCGCCCGCAUCGCCGAGGUUGAGCGCGGCGGACCGCCCAAUCUGAUAUCUCCCGCAGCACCACUUGUGUUAGAGGUUGUAGAGACCCAUGGUGACGAUGCCAAUGAUGACGACAACGAUGAUGAUGAUGGUAGUGGCAUUGCUUCUGGAGCAGUUGGUCCGCCAAGAGGGAGACUAUCAUAUCCAGCAUAUCUCGACACGAGGCUGAAUUUUCCAGCGCAACUGCCCGUGUGGCCAGAAAUCCGUCGAGAACCUAGCUACAACGUGAACGUCGACCCCAGUAUGGACUUGGAGAUCAUGUUCAUGCAAUUGGGGAAUGGGUCGUAA